UGGGAAGGUGGUGCAAUAGCAAGAUUCUGAUUGGAAGGAAAAGAUGGCAGGCAGCAGGAGGGAGGCAGCCGGCCCAGCCAUUCCUCUGUGCCAAGGAUGGGGCCACUCCUGGGGUGGCAUGCAGUGCCGCUGAGCUGCCCCUUUCGAUAGUGCGCAGGACCAUCGUCAAGAUCCCCUCCAACCUGAACGUGGACGUGGAGGACAUCACCGCCUCCUCCCAGCACAUCCACUUCGUCCAACCACUGCUGCUGAGUGAGGUCCUGGCCCGGGAAGGCCCCUUCCCCCUGUCCGUGGAGAUUCUGGAAGUUCCUGAAGGGCGCCACAUCUUCCUCAGCCCAUGGGUGCGCUCCUUGAAGAUAGGCCGGAGGCUUUGCAUCCAUGGCCUAGCCUCACCACCCUGGCGGGUCCUGGCCUCAAACAAGGGCCGCAGAGAGCCCAGGUACUUCCUGGUGUCAGGGGCCUACCAGGGCAAGAUGCGGCGGCGGCCAAGGGAGUUCCCCACGGCCUAUGACCUCCUGGGUGCACUGCAGCCAGGCCGGCCACUCCGGGUGGUGGCCACAAAGGACUGUGAGGGCGAGGGAGAGGAGAAUCCUGAGUUCACAUCCCUGGCUGUGGGCGACAGGCUGGAGGUACUGGGGCUUGGCCUGGCCCACGGGGCCCAGGGCAGUGACAUUGACGUCUUGGUUUGUCAGCGGCUGAGUGAUGAGGAUGAGGAGGAAGAGUGUGAAGAGGAGGCAGAGAGCCCAGAGCGGGUCCUACUGCCCCUCCACUGCCCUGGCAGCUUCGUGGAGGAGAUGAGUGACAGCCGGCGCCACAGCCUGGUGGAUCUGAUUGCCCAGUUCUCACUGCCUUGUGAGGUCAGGGUGAUGGUCAAGGAUCCCAGUUACCCCAGUGACCCUCUGACUGCUGUACUGGGUCUGCAGCUGGAGGAGAAGAUCACAGAGCCCUUCUUGGUGGUCAGCCUGGACUCUGCGCCUGGGAUGUGCUUCGAGAUCCCUCCCCGGUGGCUGGACCUGACUGUCGUGGAGGCCGAGGUGCAGCCAGACCAGCCAGGGGGGUCUGUGCCCCUAGCCACAGUGGAGGAGCUGCCAGACACGUUUUAUUACACUCUUCGGAAGUUAGCAGCCUGUGAGAUCCAAGCCCCUCCACCAAGGCCCCCGAAAAGUCAGGGACUCAGUGGGCAGCGGAGACACAGCAGCGAGAAGGGAGGCGUCAAGUCUUCUCAAGUCUUAGGACUGAAGCAACCCCCUCUGCUACCCAAACCCAAGGCGAAGACCUUGCCAGAUCUCACCAAGGAUAGCUCCAGUAUGUACAGCAAGAUUCCUGGCCACAAGAAGGGCCACAGGCCCACUAAGCCCCAAACACAGGAUCUAGACGAUGAUGAACAUGAUUAUGAAGAAAUACUUGAGAGCUUUCAGAAAACCAUCUAAGUUCUGGAGGAACCAUGCGUCCUCACUGCUGCUUCUCAGGGAACCUGAUGCCAGCUAACUGUUAUAAGCCUCUAAAAGACCUCGGGCAAGGCCUCAUAGAAGCUGAAGUGCACACAGGGAAUGGCUUUGUGGGAACUGAUUUGAUGGAUGCCGCACCAGCUUCCUUCAGGUUCCAGAUUCCUGCUACUUAGGGUGGGCCGGUUGGGACCUAACAACACCCCGCACAUGACUCCCUCAGCCUCAGAGCCUUGGGAUGCAGAGCAGCUGGCAGGGUUCUUCAAUCCUGCAACCCCAGCUGUCCCACCGAUGGGUGCAGAUGAGCAUCAGAGGCCACCAGCCUCGGUGAUACCAGUGGCUCUCAGUAAAGAGGAUUCCAACCUGAUCACUGCAUGGGAGAUUUUGUUAAGGUUUGCCACCCCCACUCUCACCCCUAAGCUCUAAGCCCCGGGAGGCCUGGACUGUCUUCCUCAUCUCUGUAGCACCUAGCCUGAUCUGCAUGUGGUAAAUGGGGGUCAUAUGAAUUAGUGUGGGAACCUGGCUUCAAGAGCAGAAUCUUAGGACCUUGGCCCACAAAAGCUGGUGAAAUGAGGGGAGCCAAUUUAAGAAGACCCUUAUGGAGACCUGAGGUUGCAGAAAACUGGUGGGUUUCAUCAGGUGGUGAAAGAGUUGUGACUAUCCAAGAUUAUUUCAUUUUUAAAUCAUAGAAUGAAAAUGAGCUUCUACACAAAUGAGAACGGCUAUCAUUUAUUAAGUUCUGACUAUGUGCCAGGCACUUACAACCCAUAUCCAAGUCCUCAACUUUCUGAGGUACAGAAUGGCCUGAUUUUAAGAUUAGGGAAGAGUCUGUGUGGCCAAGUACCUUAGGAUGCUGACCAGCUGCAGUUAAGGGUGAGGACUUGGAAAGUAUGAGACUGGGUUAGGAUCCCAGCUUGCUACCUACCAGCCAGGACCAUGAGCAAGUUUUUUUUCCUUUCUUUCUGAGCAAGUUGUUUUAACCUGUUUCAGUUUUCUGACAUGUCAAAUGAAACUAGUUACUACCUCAAGAGAUUUACUGUUUUAAGGAUCCAAUGAGAUAAUCUUUGUAAAGCAUUUAGCACAGUGUCUGGCACAUAGUAAACAUUCAACAAACAUGUAUGAUGAUUGAGCAAGAUCAUGUAGCUGUCCUACCUCCAAAGCCUAUGCUUUCCACCCCUCCAAUGUUUCCUAGUCAUAGGAUACAUUCCAGUGUUAAAAAUAUAUCAUAUCUCUAGACUGUGGAG